ACAAUGAAAUCCAACAUGAGCGUUGCGCUAUUCGCAGUGUAUUUGUUUGGCCUUUUUGUUUUAUUGAAGAGUUCGCCCAGAGGACCAGAUGAUGGCGAGACAUCAGGGACAUCAGAGACAUCAGACUCCUUGCCCGUUUCUUUGAAUAGUUCGCCCAUGGAACCAAGCGGUGGCGAGACAUCAGGGACAUCAGAGACAUCAUGUGUUGGCGAGACAUCAAAUAGACCAAACAUCUUGCCCAUACCUAUAAGAAACUAUAUAUUAAAUCUUUUGUCUAUCGGAAAUCCAAAAGAAUUGCCCCAAGCUGUAAAAGAUCUUGUAAAACAACCUGAUUUUUUGAAAGUACUAGGUGGUAUAACAGAUGAGAAUAUUUUAAGUUUCUAUACGAAUAUACAACUAGACACAGAGUUUAUGGCACGGCUUAUCGAUGCCAGGAAUAAUAUUCUUCUUGCAUUAAAAGACGAAAAUCCAGAAUUUGUUAUUUUAAAAAAAACACAACAUGAUUUAUUCGAGAUAACGAAAGCAAAAUUAUGGAAGGAGCCUGUUAUGGAGACAUUUGUACCUGAAGAGUUAGAGUAUACGAGAGAUGGAGUUAGACCUUACCUAUACGGGGAGCUCAACAGAAAAAUAAUGUUGUUCAUACUAAAGUUCAUAACAGACGUGAAAUAUUAUGGAUAAAACAAAAGUAUUGAUGACUUGUAAAUUACAAUACAUUUGUUUUGUUUU